CAGUGUUAUUUACCGGGGUCCAAAAAUUGUGACGGUGAGUUCUUGAUUCUCAUAAUUUGUUGUCAUUUGCAUCGUAACCGAUCGAAGCGAUCGCUCUUCUUUUACUUCAGGCCGUGGUUGUAUUGAGUCAUGGAAACUUGAGGGAGCUUCCUGAGUUCUUUAUUUGCAGUCAAAGAGAGACAUUGAAGUAAUCGAGAAUCAAGUGACUCACCUUGACGGAUGGAAAUAUUUUGAAAGAAGAGCCUUUUUAUCUUCUGAUGGAAGGGGCACCGUCAAACUCUGUCAAGCAUCAGGACAUGGAUUCAGCAACGCUCCUCCCCUCCCAGCACCAACCCCUAGAAUCCCACCACCGACCUCUCACCACCUCAACCAACAGUCCCUUCUUCUCCACCCGACAAGACCGAGAACCAGCCUUUGCCAUUUCCAAUUACGGUAAACCGAUACUGAGAUCGUCACACUCCCUAGCGGGCGGGUCCCGUCUAGAAGGAGCGCGGAGGUUGAGCGGACAUAUACCCGGGACAGGUGCGUUCCAUCCUGUCCAACCACUCGCCAUCCAUCGCAACACAGAACAAUUUGCAAACACGUUGACGCCAACGAAUGGAAGUCAACCUUUCCAUUCACAUUUAGCUGCCGAAGAAGUUACCGAAGAUAAAAGAUUAUCGAAACGAAAGCGUAAAGCCAAUAAUCUGGUCGGAUCUGUUUGUACGAUUUGCGGAGUAACAGUACGGCCGGUGGAACUCCCUGCUCAUUUUGCCAUUGAAAUAGAGAAACUCAAUAAGAUAACAAGAUCAGUAAAGAGUAGCAGGGAAACUUCAAGUCAAUCGAGAAAGGUUACCCCAAGUGCAUCGUCCACGAAGAGGAGGCGGGAAAGUAAUGACGACGUUCUUGAAAGCAGAGAGAGUAGGCACGAGGAGCAUAAAAGAGUGAAGCGCAACAGACUAGAACGGUUGAACGCGCGUCUUGGUCGAUGUCGCAAGGGCCUAAAGAGAUCGUCAGAUGAGAUUGCGAGCAGCGUUGCACUAUGUCCAAUAUGCCAUGAGGUCUUGACUGGGUCGGCGGAGGAUAGGAACACACACGCUGUGGCCUGUCUCAGGAAGGUCAACCCAGGUCAGGAAGACGUUGAUGAAGACAUCGAUGUUGAUGGGGAGGAGGAGGAGGAAGGGUUUGAGGAGUAUACGUGGUGCGGCCAAACCAGAGUACGUGCUACAUCAAUGCUUGACUCAAGAUUCAGUGAAGCGGGCUUCGAAGUUGGUCGUAAAGAAACCGACUGUGACACAGAAUUGAAUGUUGACGAUGACGACACGGCAGAGUUUGGACCAGAGCAGUUUACGGAGGCCGACAUCAUCCCGUGUCCGUCAGACGAUUCCACCGAAGAUAAGCAACGACAAGCUUUAAGGGACGCUGUUGUAGGUAAUGAUGGGAGAACUAGCCCCCUGGAUUCAGUUCCAGAUCCCUGGUUGCCUUCCACCAGUAGUGAGCAGUCAAGCGACAGCAAAUUACCAAACAGAACAAUGAAUACAGGCAGCAUGUCAGCCCAAUCAGAGACGAUCAUCGAUUGUUUAAAGACGAGAGUCCGAGAGCUACAAGAACAAGUGGAUUCUGCUGCUGCGUCGAGAAUCAAAUGCCUUAUAUGUAUGGAUUCAUUUAGUGUUCCGUUAGUGUCCAUCCAAUGUUGGCACGUACACUGUCAACAAUGCUGGCUCCGCACACUGGGAGCCAAGAAAUUAUGCCCACAAUGCAACAUGAUCACGUCUCCGGGGCAACUGAGGAGAAUUUAUCUCUAGGGAGAUUCCAUUUCGACAGGAGGGAAUUUUGAUCGCCAUUCACGAACUGAAUUUGGCCCAAGGCCAACCGUUUGUUUAAUUUCAAAUUGGUUUAGUAUCUACAUGUACAACAAAUUCAACAUGUUCAGUGGGAACAAAUACACUCGCUGUGUAAACUUGUUUUUUUUUUAAACU